AUGGAUACUAAGAUGCCGCAACGAGUGUUCUUUUGCUGUCACUGGCAUGUCAGUCCUGACCACCUCCCCAAAUAUACCCACGUCGACUGCGAUCAGUUGGAGAGUCUGGCUUGCGAAAACAUGAGUGGGAAAGGCCACCUUACGGACGUCGAGCAACCAUGCCACAACUGCGCGUCUAAACAUCCGUCUCCAAACCCUGUACAACCUUCCUCGAUGGAUGAAUCUGAUUCAAAAUCAGACACGGGUCCUGCCUUCGAUACACUGGAACAAGACUGGUUUUCGAGCAAGUUGAUGAGCGCCACGGGCCAUGUAAUGCCUGUGAUCACGGGUGAAGAGAUAAUGGCAGCGUUGGCGCGGGAGAUCGAACGACAUGCGCAGAACAGGGCUCUACGAGAGCUUCAAAGUGCCCACGAGAAAGACCACAAGAGAUCGAAUAAGAAGAGGAAGGCCAACGAAGCAGGGUUGGAGGACAUGCACUUUGAAGGAUCACCAGUUGAAGAUACCAAUAUCCCAGGAGCUACAGUAGUCGAGCUAAUCGCAAAGGACGAGCGAGCUGUUCCAUCAAGGUUCAAUCCUGCUCACUACACCCUCGAAGAACAUACCAAGUCGAUGACGGAGCUUAAGUCAGAGUUUGCAAAGGAUAAAAUUGUUCAAGAAGCUCGCCGCCAGGAGUUGGAGAAGCAGACCAUGGCUGAGCUGGAGCUGGCAAAGCUGGAGCAUGCAAAGCUGAAGCAUCAACAGCAGAAGCUUCUGCUUGAGGCUGCUCGUCUCGAACUUGCUCUUUCUCAAGCUGAAGUUCGUCGUGCUAAAGAUGAACUUCUUCGUACCGAAGCUGCAGUUAAAGCCGAAUCUGUUUAUCCUGGAUCUAUUCGACGCGAAGCCUCGCGUGUUGGAGCCCUCCGUCAAAGAACAGAACAGGAGAAGGGAUCGACUGAAGAGCUGGCAGCGGAGAUUGCAAAGUGCCGCGAGGGAGGAAAUCACCGGAAGGGAAAGACUGCAGACUUAGCUGCUAAGAUGUCUAUGUUGAAUAUAGAGACUCAACGUAUCGUCGAUAGCUUACGCACCCAACGGUAUUAUUCAUUUACUGUUGAAGCGGUUGAUUGGUCCUGA